AUGACCUAUUCGGCCGGUGGAAGACUUGGAAGUAUCGUCUCACACAAGUCGGAGGAUGCAUUGAGUAGUGUUAGCGUUGGGAGUAUUUUGCGCAGUACUGGCGAAGUGGAUGACUACUUCUGUGAGUUUAUAUUUUCGCCUUGUGAUUUGAAAAGUAGGUUCUAUGUGUUAAUAUCCCGUACUUCGCGAGGAACUGCGAUUAAAAAUUAUCAUUCAAAACGUAUACGGGCUUUCAGACAAGGAGCCAUCUACUAAUGCUAUUAUCGAAUUAUUUUGCGGGAAUAUUUAAUUCUUAAUGCAGUAUUUAAUGUGUUGCGACAAAAAACCUACUACGGAAUGGAGGAAAUCCCAGUGUCUGCAUAACUUUACGGCCCCUAAGUCAGUAGAAGGCAGUGUUUCCAAGUAUGAAUUCGUGACAGUGGUUUUUUUAUGAUGACAAAGUAUAAAUAGGCUCAAUCUAAAGUCCUGAAAGUUAAUUAACAGAUCACAUUCUAACACUGGAAUGGAAUUAUCCCUAAUGAUUUCGUCAUGCGCCUACCAUGUACGUAAACUUAUCAGAGUUAAGAAAAAACCUCACAAAUAUAAUUCUAGACAGAAAUGGCCAUGCAAACAAAAAAUAAUCAUUUAAAAAGCACUAACGGUUCGGUGAAUGCCUAUUGCAUAUUUAUACCGAAAGUCAGUUCCUUGCUAGGGCGAAAUUUUCAUAUAAAUUUGCUUGCAGCGGGUCUUCAAAAAUUAUGGCAUUCCCCUCGGAACAUGUGAUUGCAAUUUUAGAUAAAUUUCGCGUGUGUAAGCAUAAGUGAUCUGCAUAUAUUUUAAAGGGCACGUUUAUUUCUACUGCAGAUGUCCCACUGAUCUUGCACUGAUAGGCAGAAAUGUGCUCUAGCUUACAUGACGGUAUGUGUCCUCGGUAGGUAUAAAAAGCCCGCACAUACUGAAUUGCAAAGAGGACUUCAAAUUGUAGACGAAUCGCAACGCAUUUUUUCGCAUUAAUCGUGAUAGUCGCGCGCCUUCCAUCAAAUUUAACAAAUAAUACAGGCCAAUUUGGCAUCCGUUUUUUCUGUUCGCAAAAUCGUCGGUAGAAUUAGUAUUUAAAACCAGAAUAAUAUGACCGUUGGGCUAGUUACUGCUAAUAAUUAAACUUCAGCAGACAUUUGAAGUGUUGAAAGUUAUAGAAUUUUUUCUAAUGUUCACGGAUAGCAUCCAAAGUAUGGACAUUGUUUACUGAACAUUGGAAGGUUUUAUCCGUUUUUUGACCUGGUUAUGCGUCCAUUCAGGAUGAGCAAUUUUUUCGCGAGAUUUUCUUUUGAAUAUAAUACCUCUCAGAAAAUGAAGAUGCGAUCACUGGAUCGCAUGCAUCGUACGGGGGUGUAUGCGAUCCGAGUACUGCUACAGUCACUGCUAAAUAAAAGGACUUUCAGCAAAUACUGAACGGCUCCCUAGGUUGAUUAGCUAGUAGGAUAUCGCACGCAAUUGCGACAUCGAUUGGACACAGUGGCCAUUCGACUAGCGAACCUAGCACUCUGUUGUCAUAAGACGCUCACACAAGCAGUCUGUCUGCCCUGGCCGGACUCCAGACGGUGAUCGCACACCGUCCCGAUGCCCUGAGAGCAUUCACACGCACUUGGGGCGCUUACAAUCUAACCGGAACCCCUCCCUCCCUCCCACCCCAAAUCCACCGUCCUCAACACGCUGACUCCGUCAUGCGGGCUGCGUGGAAACAUGGAGUCCGAUUAACCCUGCCCCUGAGACGCAUUUAUAUCCUGUCUACAAUUAGAAUGAUCGUUACCCAUGUAAAUGCAUCGGCCUGAUAAUGAGUUACCGAAUACAUAUGUUCGUCAACUGACGUAAUAUGGGAAUUUUCGCAGAACAUACAUCUUAACUUAUGCUUGAUAUCAUCAAAGAAAAGUUUUGAAUAGGAUGAAGGGCAGUUACCUGGUAUUCUUCAAGUGUUUGACCUUUGAAUUCGAGUCGACCAAUCAGGAACGGGCGCACAUGGAUCUGUUGGCAUCUCGAAGCAAAUAAGCUCCAUAUGGGUGAUGAAGGACAAAAACAGGCAGCCAAAUUUCAUGUGCCGUGUACGAGCACAUAUUUGUGUGCUUGGCCUAAGCUGGUAUUCAGCGUUAUGACAUGCUGAAUGAAGGCAGAAUAAGCACGAAAGAAUGCAGUUUCAAUUUACCCGAAAUCUUUGCCAUACCUCCUCUUUAAAAAAGCAGACCUCAUAAUUCACAGACAGUUAAAACGAUGCCUGAUAAAUAUCUUCUGCGAUUCUUGUUUUAUCAAAUUAAAAUAUGCCUUUUUCCUACACACUCGAUGACAUCUGAAGUAAGAGUUGACCGCAUCCAAGUUCAUCCAGGUUACGUUUAAAAGUUUUGUGUGCUGCGUUUUGUAAGCUUUACUUUCUUACAGAGGAUGUUUUGUUGCACUUACUUGUUUUUAAUAUUCCUUAAAAAUGACUCUAGAUUAUAGAUCAGAAAUUAUUGUUAAUUUUUCAAAUACCAAUUAGACAGUGGUUAUAUAACCGACAUUAAAACUGUAAUAAAUUACAAAGCAGUUAAAAUGUAUUAGCAGCAUUUGAAAUUCAGAAAAUUAAUAACAUGCAAAAAGAUGGUUGUAUUACAUACGUCUAAAGUUAGAGAAAAUGUUCCUUCCAAGUAUAAAAAAGUAUUAUUUUGUUUACGCCAAAUUUCCACUAAACAUCAGCUGGGGGAGCCUCCAUCUGCGCAAAAAAUUGGAAUGGUAAAAAACCUAAUAAUGUCACUUUAACUGCUAAAUAAAUUUUGAAGAAAAUACUUCUAUCCUAUCCGACAUGAAAUAUUUGCACUUUUUGCCCUCCUGCAGUUUUCCACCACUGCUCUUGCGCCUGAUAUUUAUUUAAGAUGUUCAUGCCGUGCACAGCUUGUCAUGCGUGUUUUCAGUUGUUAUACCUGCCGUCGCACCGCGAUCUGUCUGCCUACGAUUAAGUAUAAAAACGAUAAGGCAUAACAAUAAAGAUAUACCGGCAGACCGCGAAACAGUGAUCUUUAUACUCUUUAUGCAGAGUUCAGGCUUCGGUAUGAAUCCAGGGCGUUCAUUCCUGUCAGAACAUUGUGUCGCCUUUUUCAUGUCGUCAUAAAUGCCGGCUUUUGGUCCCAUUUCAAAUUGCUGACUAGACGACGGUUCAUUCUUGCCUUCCAAUAGCAGCUGACAGCUUAUUUACAAGCACACCUUCAUCGGAUCCACUGUGAAGCCGAAAGUACAUAUGUGGAGUGGAUUUUCGUCUCUCCAUCAAAGCAAAACUCUGCUGUUACAUGUGAGACGUCCAGCUCUUCCGCGAAAUUAGAACAGGCCCUGCUGGAAAUGAUCUCCAUCUGUUCUUUUAGGUGAUCACUUACAGAACCGGGUCCUUGAAAAACCGCUCUCGGUGGGCCGUUUUUAAAUGAUGUUCACAGAUUAAAAACAGUUUGUGUUGCACAGCUGCUCACGCGUAUGCGGAGAAAAAUUGUUUCUAUCAAUACUGUAGGCAACCUAACUCAUGAAAAGUGUCGAAAUUUACGAUUGCCCCUCACUCGCAAACCGGCACCAAUGCAUGAAGGUUAAUUAAGCACGACUUUAAAAGGAUUUUAAACAGAUGAAAUAUUAAAGACAAUGUUGCCUUGCUUUGAAAUGCCGUUUUUUCAAAAAAAGCGCAAAAUCCCUAAAAUUUCAAAAUGAUUGCAAUUCAACAAAUCUUGUUUUGGGGUGGGCGGAAUCCCUUCUCGUGCAAAAGACUGAGUAAAUAUAAAAGCACAAACAGAAUGACAGGCAAAAAUAGUAGUUUAGUGAAGUUUACGUUGGCGGCUUGCCAACAGCCUACAGUCUGAGUAAGAUUCCGUAACAGCUAUCCAGAGGUUGUUGAUAUUCUUCAUUCUUUUGUGUUUAUUGAGGUGCGAUUCAAUAAGAAAAACGGAAUUUUGUUUGGUUUCACCGAUGGGGACGUCAUAAGGACAAAAUUUUUCAUAAGGUCACCUUGUCGAAUAAACUGAACGUAUACAAUGAAAGUCAGAAACGAAUAUGCAUUAGAUAAAUAAGAAAACUUUUACGAAUAAGUGGGCUCUUUAAGGAGUGUUUUUAUACUGCAAAUCGUUUAUGGUUCUUGGUGUACAUUGCAUUUUUGUACAGUGAGACCAAGAGAAAUCUGACACUUUUGAUCGUUUUUGAGUAACAACACUAAUAUUUCUUAUAGUAAAAGUAAGAAAGUGCCUUUUUUCUUGAUUUGCUGCAACUCGCACCGUUUUUCCCCCACGUUCUACUCCGUUCUACGACCAUGAAUGCACGGCAGAGUGGCCAAAUAAAUAUUGGUAUUUUGCCAAAACUGCCAACAUCUUGUAUGUCCAACUAAUCCUGUAUAAAAAAACAGUUUUCGCGUCGCGGUAAGGUACCGAAACUGGCAAAUAUUCUUCUGAAGUGCCCGAUAUUUAAAGUAUGCACAGGCACCCAAAUUUUCUUGAGAAGAGGCUCACAAAUAUGCUAGUUUGCGGAUAAGUUAAGAAACUAUGACAGUGAUAUUUCGAUCUGAGUACUAUUCAGGCCUGAAAACGACAGCAAACGUGUACUCCUGCUAAUGCCUUAGCAAAAAACCACAUCACUACUAGCUACUGGAAAGGGAACGCACACAGCGCAGCUUACCUCAACAGCGGAAACGAAUACUCCUUAAAAAAGAAAAAAGACGUUUCACAUGAAAGAUUGUGGGAAAUUUCCAGUGCUUCUCGCCCUUGCGAGACGUGCGCAGAAGCCGAACUGUGCACACGAAAACGACUGAGGCCCACAUUGGUUUAUUGUUAACGUAAACAACAGAGGCAUCUGAAUGGCAUGCCUUAGGCAGAAAAUACACUUUCGAUGUUGUCGCAUUAGUAGUUAGGCCUUUACUUCAUAGACUACAGAUAUAAUUCACUCCAAAUUCAUUUAUUUCCGACGGCAGCAUGCUUAAGGUCAUCGUUUUUAUGAGGGCGUUUCCCUAUAAAUAAAUCCCUCUUAUGAUUUUCUUCAAUGACCCUCAAAACUUAAGGGAAAGUUUUGACCAGUUAUUAAUGGCUGUUUAUUCAGUGGACUCAGAUAACCGAGAAACGCUUUAAAGGUUCGCCUGUUAAAAAAUUUAUAGUUGUGCUUUAAACGAAACGGAGCAAGAGCACAGCGUAACUUCAAGAAGUCAGCGGUUCCACUUGGUUGGCAACAUGUGUUUCAUGGGAGUUGCCUAAUGCCCAUAUUUGAGGCAAUUCUCCCCCUUCAAAAAACAUGAUACCAGAGUAGUUAAAGAGUAAGUCUUGAGAGUAGGAGGCGCCUAUUUUUCUGAGUGGGCCAAAAAUAUUGCCAACAUACGCGAGGUAAUUUUUUUAUCCUCACAAGCUGUCAGUUGUACUUCGAGCUCACAGCUUACAGAUCAAGCUUUGCCUUUUCUUCUGAUACUGGGUGAGAGGAAUAUCACUGCGGUUUUUUAUGUAUUUGAACGGAGAAAAAUCAGAUGGCUCUGAGGGCUUGCAGUAUAUAGUUCCUUUGAUCGUCUUUAUUAGUGUCAGCAGUACUGCCAAAGAAAAAAAACAUCAUAAUCUAUUUAAGGAAUGACAAAAAGUUGAAGAGUAAUUUAAAAUUGAGUUUGUUUCUUAAUCGAAGCAAAGAUAUGUUUCUCAAUUAGUCAAUUUCCAACCUUUACGACCGUUACGUAUCAUAAACAUAAAAAUUUAUUUUUGAUGCUUAUAUAGGGGGAUUCUCAAUGUGCGGAAUGGUUCGUUUUGAAACUUGCAUUGCCCUGGAAUACAGUAUAUCAAGGCGUGUACCGGGACCUGGGGAUAAAUAAUUUACACGUAUUAGGUCUAUCGAUGCCACGCAUUAGAUGAGUGAACGCACCUAAGAUUAUUUAUCCCUCAGUAAGUUGAUGUGAUCUGAAGUAAAAUAUAUUUUAUCAUGUAUUUUCCAGAAUUAUCCAGGUAGAAUGCCCGUCGCAAAUGUUUGCACACGUGCCGUUUUUUCUUCUAAGGGGAAGCAUCAUCAUCUUUGUUCCUCCCCUAACUUGCAGGUGUUAAUUCAUUCGAUCGUCUUUAUUAGUGUCGGCGGCGCUGCCAAAGAAAUAAAUAUCACAAUCAAUUGAGAUAUUGACAAAACGUCGAACAAUUAUUUGAAAUUUGGUUUUUUCCUAAUCAAAGCAAAUCUGCGCUUCGGAAUUGAUUAGUUCUCAAUCUGUACGACCGUUGUUUAUUGGUUACAUAAGAAUUUAUUUUUUAUGCCUACCGAGAGGAUGCUACCUUUGCGAUAUGGUGCGUAUUUCUCUAGAAUCCAACAUAUCAAGGUAUAAAGCAGCAGCUGUGGAUAAAUAAAUUACAUCUUGCUUGUGUGUCCACAGUUUGCUCCACGUGUUCUGCCAAAGAAGGGUUUCUGCGCUCUAUAUGAUGUUACGCAUCAGAUGAGUGAACAUGCCUAAGAGUAUCUUCCUCUCAGUGAGUAAUUGUUACUUAGUCGCUUUUAAUAGAAUAGCAGCUUUGUUCGCAUACCGCGGUUGUCCUUGUCAAGAAGAAUGUUCAUUUAACAACUUAGAGUUAUGCGCUCGUGGUAAAUGUUUCUCGCUAAAUAUAACAAACGCGCCUUAAAAACUGGUUACUUGCUGUCAUCCCUUGCCUACGCAAAUGUCUUUUGUUGCUAUGCCGUUGGCAAAAACGUAUUCACUCGCCCGUAAAAUUUUGCGGAAUUUUUUCACCGUGUCACCUCGUCGAAAGAGUAUGCCGGAAGCUUACGUUCUCUUUUUGACAUUUUUACUACGUCAUUCCUGCGCUUGCUUCUAUUUUUCCACGGCCUCCAAUUUUCAAGUGUCCAUUAAGACCCCGACUGAAUCGCUCAGCUUGAAGUCCAACAUUGUCCGCAAAGAUUAGCAGUUUGCGAAAAUGAGGGAGAGAAGGUUGUUGUUUUAAAUCUGCCUGCAAAUACUGCGGCAAAAACGUCUUUCAGUGACCAGAACCAGUAUACCAAUAAUUAAAUGCAGGGAAGGAGAUAGAUCUGCAAGCACAAAAUGGUAUGACUACUGCGCCAAAAGCUGCGUUUCUGGAGUUCAGUUCCUUUACACGAUAUAAAUCGCGCUACCGAUGAUACUCAUUGAUUUGUCAGCGUCGAAAGGCGCGCUGCAUUAGGAGAAAGGACUUUACAACGGCUACUGCGUAGGCCAUCAUCGACAGUUGCAUUAGCAAAUCAGUUGACAGAAGUAAAAUGUCGUCGCACUGUAGUAAGAGACCCCGUUUAGGAACGAGGGCUUGCAAAACGUAGCAUAAAUUGAGCAUGUCCUCGUUAAAUAAAAUGUUAAAAUAAAAAGAGAGUGGUAAAACAAUGAGAGAAAUAAUGCAGGUAUUAGUAAAUUAUCGGGUUAACAGUUUAAAAGUAUGAUAAGAGCGUAACGUAAUAAGAAUUUACCAAGAAAACAGUCUAUGCCCGAGUAAAUGAAUCGAAAUCGAAAGCAAAUGUACUGUUCGCACUUACCUGUCUAGAAAAAGGACAUGAAAUAUACUAAGCUUGCUUUGAAACAGAAUAGGUUACAGGUCUGUUUUUUCGGGGUACAUAGGAAAAAUGGUCAAUUUAUCUUUGUUUACCUUGCCCUCAUUUUAAAACUAAGACUUGCUAAGAGUCGCGACAACAAAACUUUGAUUAAACUGCAUUGUGAAAUAUGCAUGGACAUUAUUUGUCAAAAUUUAAAAUAAAUUCAAUUCUACUGCCUUUCAAAAAUGCAUAUGAUAUUUUAUUCAUUACAGUUGAACUGGAUUCAAAUAUGUUUCAUCAUGUUUUUUCCAAAAUUAUUCAAGUAGAAUGCACAUCGAAGAUGUUUAAACCCCCGUCAUUUUUUCUUUCAAGGGGAAGCAUCAUCAUCUUUGGUCCUUUCCCAGCUUGAAGUAAGUUUUUGCUUUGAUUAUCAUUUGAAAUACAACAUAAAGUUACAUAAAACCUCAGACGAAUUGUACAAAAUGGCUGAGAAAUUUGUAAUGGAAUAAAAUUACCCGACAUUUUUGUAUUGGGAGAUAAAUAAAAGUGAUAACACAUGCAUAACCAUUUUUACUUAUCAUCUAGCGAAAUCCUAUAGAUAUAAUUUAGACCUUUUAAAAGCAAAAGAUGUCGAAUAUUUAUUGUUGUUUUUGUCUACUAAUUUACGGACUUCCUUACGUGAGGAACCUUAGAACUACGAUCGGUUUAUAAAAAACCGAAAAUACAUCAUAGGUUGGCAAUAAUUAUUUACUUGAUGAAGUGAGCAACAUUUUAGUAAUUUCGAUGAGCGCGACCUCACAAAUGUCAACGUAAAUUUCAAUUUACAUAAAGGGCUCGAGACCUAAAGAAAUAAAAUUAUAUAUGCGUUCCGAUUAAGUAGAAUUCAGUUUACUAAUAGAAAGCGCAUUAUGGAUAGUCAACAUUCGGACAACAUUGCAGUUAAUACGGGCAAAAUAUUUUAUUCCAAAAUUUGCGAAGAUAAAAUUUACUGAGAGCUACAAGUAAAUAAAUAUUGUAUCGGUCUUUUGAAUGAGUGUGCGUAAUAUUCUGACAUCAUGAGUAAACCAAGCAACUGUUUUAUCACAUUUUCUUUGGCGGUAGACAUACUUUUGAAAGGAACAACAUUCUCGCAUAAUAUCCUGCAGUUUUUGUCUACGCUUAUGUUCAACAUGGCUUUCCCUCGCAUGGCCACGAACACGUAAUGAGAGCAUGCUAUUUUGUUUUCACUAGAAACUACCCUUGAAGGAUUUUUCCUCCGAAAUCCGCGCAAACAUGGAUAUCAAGUUGUUCAUUAAGGAGGCCACACUUCUUCUGAACCUUGAAGCCUCCACGCUGGAGGACAUCAUCCACGAGAUGCUGACGGCCGUCUUUAGUAACACCACGGGUGCUAGCGGGGGCCUCAAUGGGGACGUCAUUGAACACAAUUCCAGCCUCGCUGUUGGCGGCCAUUCGACGUCUAACUUCCGGGUCACACCCGUGAGUAGCCCCACAGCUGCCGACAGCGCAACUCUUCCGCACGGCAUCUCGACCAGCGAACUGAACAGUCCGACUUCUGAGGCUCUCCCAGUGGAUACUUUAAUAGAGAAGGCCAAGAAAGCCUUGUUUCUGCAGAUCACACUGAACGAACACUCAUGUAAGCAAGUCAGAGAAUUCUAUAAAUUCGAAAAUAUCUGCUGAUGUUCGAAAGCAUGGCUGGGUCACACAGCUGAUAAUUCUAAUAUUUAACAUUCGUUAUCGUUUAUGUUAAAUGUAAUAUAAACACUAAAGCUUUUUACCUAAGGUGCACCAGAUACUUCAAAAGGCAGGGAAAAGUCAGUAAAAGGAUUUGAUGGACAAAAGAUAACUUGGGAAGUAGACAGCGAUACGGCCUGAGACAUGCGAUUAUUGGCGACUUUUGAGUCAAUUCGGUUAUGACCCCUAACACGGUGUUUGAAUGACUCCACAGUAUAUAUUAAAGACUGGGGAUUUACGGAAAACCCACAGUGCGUUCCGCUAUAAAAAGCAUAAUCAAUGGAUUUUCAUUUCUCUGCCCAUUGUUUUUUCUUUUUUUGACGACAAUAAUUUUGCUAGAUGCAAUUGCAGUUCGAACGUCUUUUAUUACACAACUGUCGAUAAUUGUGCCAUGAUUUCAAUUACCGUAGUUAUUCUCGUCUUUUAUUUACAUUCUUUUUUUAAGGCGGGUUACCUACAACCAGCGAACGGUAUGCGUCAAACAUAACUUUGUGAAAGAAUCAGUGGCAGAAACACUGCCUUAUUAGCAUUUUUAAACUGCCUCAGUGUACUACAAUAGGGCAAAUUAUCCCAGCCUUUUAUCUUGAGUUACGCGUCCAACGUUGAAAAACUGUCCACCCUCAAGAAAUAAAUUUGCGUUCAAGAUAAUUAGCGCUCAGUCAAUAAAACUGGGCGUUGAUUUGGGCCGGCAAUUCAACCAGCGUUGCAAAAGGCGAUGACACAGUUGGUUGAAACCAAUUAAAAUGCAUGGAGUCUCAGGGAGUGAUCGAAUUUAUUAGACGUUGGCCUUCAUUCUGAAAUGAAGUUUCGAUUAAAAAGGAUUACAUAGGUAGGACUGUAGUAUUAACUACCAUGCGGCACAAUCCCACAAUACUUCGGGCUCGCAAGGAUGACGGCUUUUGAAUGCACGUCUAUUGGACCUUCGCCGGAAACGCAAUCGGCAAACAAAUGGCUAAUUAAUUAGCGUGCAUUCUUCACUUUGAUUUUGGACGAUGUUUUAAAACUAGAUAUAUGUUAUACAUAAAUAUAACCUUUCUUCGGAUAUGCAAUGCAAAAAAAUGUAACUGUCUAUGAAGCGAGUAAACGAUGAUAUUUUUUAUGCAUGUUUUUUUAUAAAAUAUAUCUGAAUUUAUAAGACCAGCGAAAAUAAAUGCACAAAGCAUAAUAAUUAAGUUGUCAAUUUUUGCCCAGGGCAUUAUUUACCGGAAUUCUAAAGAAGGUGUAUUCAGAAGCACACCCCUGACAAGCCCGAAAUAUCAUGGAACUUUUCCGCGUGAUAGAUAGCGGUGCAACUCCACGUCAGUAAUCCUUCCUAAGCAAAGACGCGUUUUAGAAUUUCGGCCAACAUUUAAAGAGAUCAGUCAGUCAUUGUAUGAAGCGUGAGUGUGUUUUUACUUGCUAAAACGCCAUCUCCCAAAGUGGCUGUCAGUUUACGGCUUUGCCAAAAACGCCAAAUAGUCAUCUUAUCUUCUGAAGGCUAGGAUAAGCUUGCCAAAAAUAAGUCCAGAAAUCCUCUCUAAUAAUGCAAGUAUACGUGACUUAUUGCGUAUCUAAUAAUAUGGCAGUUCUUUUAACACCUAUACAGUGACGAUUUCUAAACCGUCCGAUUUAAAUUUUCACAGUUUGCGGUUCUUUUGUGCUUGCGAUAGAAUGUUCAUUUUGUCUAAGAAGAAUUUGUAAGCCCUUUUUUAUUUUCCUGAACACAGACUACCGUCUAUGCAAGACCAUAAAGGCUGUCUCAGUGCAUGAUGAUGAUCAGAUGCUUACGGAUCAAAGUUGGAUUUGCGCCUUGUAA